AUGUCCCCCCACAAAAUCAUCAGCGCCCCCACCCGGGAAUCCCUCCUGUCCCUCCCCUCCCCGGACUACACCCUCAUCAAAUCCCUCGGCAACGACCGCUUCCUCCUCCGCCGCAACAACGACGGCCUCCCCCUGCUGGGCCACUACUGGACAGAAUACUACCAACCCAGCACCUCCCCCGUCCACACCCUCGUCCAGCGCGGCGCCGGCGCCGCCGCCGCCGCAGUGCUCAACCACGAAAACUUGGUUUCCUUGCGCGGCGAGGCCGCGAACUGGGUUCCCCUGAAAGUGAACGGUAAGCCCGUCCAAGCCAAGCAGGUCCUCCUUUUAUGGGACUGGUGCGAUGGUGGAAGUCUAGAACAAUUCUUGGAACAGAGCGAGAAGGAGAUUGAUAUCUCCGAGGUGCAGAACGGGGGGGAGUUCAUGCCUGAGAGUUUCUGCUGGCAUGUUCUCACCAGUGUUCUCAGGGCGUUGCAGUGGUUGCAUCAGGGGAUUAGGGAGACGUAUGGGGUUGUGGAGCUGGACAGGGAGGGGUAUGGGAUGGGAUAUGUGGAACAUCCGGGGCAGAGGGGGAGGGCGGGGAGGCUGAGGGUUGUCAAUCGAAUGACGCUUCCGACCCCGGAAAAGGGGGAGAAAGGGGGGUGGAAGAGGGCGAGGAGGGAUGAUGAUUGGUUUCCUGUUUUGCAUAGGGAUAUCAGGGCUAGUAAGAUUUUUCUUCAGCACCCUCUCGGCACGGAGACGUACGGGAUGGUCAAGCUGGGGGAUUUGAGGUAUUGUGCUGUUAGCGGGACGGUGGUCAGUGAGGGGGGGUUUGGGUUAGAUAAGGUUCCUGUUGUGGCGCCGGAGAGGGUGCAGGAGUUGGGGAGGUAUGUUGAGAAGGAUGGGGGGGCGUACAUCAAUGGGAUUGGGGAGCUGAGGAAGAGGAUGGUGGGGUGGUGGAAAGAUGCGGCAACGGUUGAUAAGACUGAAAGACCAUACACCGCCGGCAACGACCUCUUUUCUGUAGGAGCGAUCCUCUACCACAUGAUGAUGGGCACACAGAUGGUCAACCCUGAAGAGUGUCCUGUCAAAGGUUGCGGGUGCAUCCAUUUGUUCGAUGGUCCUGAGAAGGAUGAGGAAGCUUCUCAGCUUCCGGGCUGUACCGAUGGGUGUCCUCGGCCGGAUACCGACAUCAGACGAUGCUUCAACAACACCGGCUACACGACUGAGCUCAAGCAGGUCGUGGGUGCGUUGUUGAGGUGCAACCGGGAGGUGACUUGGUCGGCGAGCGAGGCUAUGGAGGCGGCAUGGAAGGGGUAUCAAACGUGGACUCGCACGACCGAGGAUGGACAGGCGUAUCGGGAUAUUUAUGAGGAUAUUCUGUUCAGGAGGCAGAACCAGGAGAGGAUCAAUGGCGAGGUGCCUGAGUGGACGAAUAAUAUGGCUUAUCAGGUCAGGAGAAGCCUCAACCCGAAUGUGGCUAUCUAGGUUUUCUUGGGUUUGUCUUUUGUUUUGGUAGGGUUCAAUGGAAUGGGAGAGGGAGAGGGGAGUAGGGAGUCAGUCGAUCAUUUGCUUGCUUCGAAUCAGAAUUCUGUCUUUGUUGAAAAUACACAGUGAUAAAAAAACAAGCAAAAAGCUCACCGGCCAACCUUUCUCGUUUCUAUGUUGAGAAGGGUGACUCGGCUACGAAAAACCCGUGGGUUUUGCUCCGGAUAGGAUACGAUCGAGAAGGCUGUUGGACCCAAUCCUUCAAUUGGGAGCAACUCCAGCACAUUUACCACUGGACCAGAG